UGGUGGUGGUGGCGGCGGCGGCGGUGGCUGCAGCUGCGACAACGUUGGAGGGAGAGAUUUUAUACGUCGUGACUGAGUGAGUAGGUGCGUGUGCGUGCUACCGCGCGUAUACGCUCUCUCAUUCUCGGUAUCGUGCGCGCGUGUGUGGUGUAUAUGUGUAUGUGUAUUCUGGCGCGCGCGCAUUAACGGAAUUCACGAUCAGACACGCAGGGACUCUCAACAAAUGUUUAAAUGGACGCAUCGUCCAUUAUCACCCAAGUGUCGCGGGAUGACGAGCUAGGCCAGUUUAACAAUGAGAAAGCCCAGUUACCGCGAGAGAAUGAAGUGGCCAGCAACGGUCCAGCCAGUGGCAAAAAGCCAAGAGGGCGUGGACUUCUACGAUCUCUACUUUGUUGCCUCGGUAGAGGACGAGGAAGUAGUUCAAAGAGUUCAAAAACAAGUUCUGUACAAUGGGAGGACCAUGGUUACUCACCGCCACCAAGGACUGGAUCUCAACGGUUUCUUCUCCCACCUGUCAGACAUCAGGAUAUGCACAAGAAGUGCAUGGUGAUUGAUUUGGAUGAGACGCUAGUACAUAGUUCUUUCAAACCAAUCAACAAUGCAGAUUUUGUUGUUCCUGUAGAAAUUGAUGGGACAGUGCAUCAAGUAUAUGUUUUAAAGAGGCCUUAUGUGGAUGAAUUCUUGCAAAGAAUGGGUGAACUGUACGAAUGUGUAUUGUUCACAGCAAGUUUAGCUAAGUAUGCUGAUCCGGUAGCAGAUCUGCUUGACAGAUGGGGAGUGUUCAGAGCAAGACUGUUUAGAGAAUCUUGUGUUUUUCACAGAGGAAAUUAUGUUAAAGAUUUAAAUAAACUAGGACGGGAUUUACAACAAAUUAUUAUUGUUGAUAACAGCCCUGCCAGUUACAUUUUCCAUCCAGAUAAUGCAGUACCAGUGGCAUCAUGGUUCGACGAUAUGACAGAUUCAGAACUAUUAGAUUUAAUUCCAUUUUUUGAAAAACUUAGUAAUGUGGAGAACAUUUAUACAGUCUUGUGCAAUAGCAAUCAUCCUUAUAAUCAAAUACCUGUUGUACAGAAUAGUCCAAGCCCAGGAUCAGGUUCGCUUGGUGCUUCCUAGCCCCACCUAACUUCUGGCCAAACAGCCAGUAUUAUUGCCGCUCAAUGCACUCUAAGGAGAAUUUUGACUGGGAUAAUCCACAUUACUUUUCUGUUAUGUGGCAGUGGUCAGCCAGGUAUGACCACUAAUAUUGGAUAUAAAACAUGAACAUACUUAUCAAACGAUCAUCCGAUACAGAAGUGAAAGUCCUAAGUCCUUCUGUAAACCAUUUGUUUCAAUGCAAUAUGGAUCACAGCUACUUCAUUGUUAAUUGGAGUUUUCUUUCCUUAUAAACUGCAAUACACUACGCUGUUAACUGUUGUACGAUGAAUACAAACUACCGAAUAUUCUGAUCUAAUCAGCAAUGUACAGGUAUUUGAAGAAGUUCAGAAAAUAGCUCAAUUGGUAAUAACAAACAACUCUUUCAAUUAUCACAAAAUGGAAUAGACUUUGAAUAUAAUUUAUUGGUUCAAGACAAGGAUCAAUGUGCGUGUUUCCAUGUUUGGUGUACUUGAAAAAAGAAGCAGAUGACAAGGAUAAAAGUGACUGUGAAAAGUGACAUACAUUUUAUAUUGGGUAAGUGCAUAAACUUGUACUUGCUUGAUCUUAAUUCGUGCAGAGUACCUCAAGAAAUAUUCAUAUAAAAGAACUACUUACAUGUAAGAAAUUUGGGCAUAGCAUUAAGCGAUGCGAAGAGAAGUAAAUACUGGAUUUGAGUCGUUUGAUGGGCCAUUCUACUUCUCUGCCUUUUUGUAUUCUAGUUAUGUGCUACAAUUAUUCAUUGUUUUAUUUUAUGCUACGUAUAAAAUUUCAAUGAGCUCUUUCAAUAUCACUAUGAAUAUUAAGUGGCAGAAUAAUCAAUUUUUGUAUAAAUUUUGUGAGGCUGUUAAUUCCAAAUGAUAACAGAAAUUAGUGCAUUUUUAAAGAUCUUUUGCAGAUUUCAAUCGAGCUUUGGUAGAAUUUGUUGAAAAUAUGUAAUUAAUUUCAUUAAUUAUUCACUCUAUGAACAAACAAAAAAUACUAAAAUUGAAUAAUCUAAGAUAAUGCAUAAAUGAGAAAGAUUGUUAUUUUUCCAUAUCUUUUUAUUCGUUUUGUACAAAUGUGAGACUAGCAGCAACUAGGGCUUGAAUUACUGAAUCUGAUAAUAUUGCAGUUAAAAUGAAUUUGUACAUGUUUAAAAAAAUGAGUCGAUGCAUAUCAUUCUUUCCCUCCAGGCAAUUGCAUGAAUAAUAAAUGAUUAUGUUAAUUCAGUAAACAUUAUAGUAUCAUUUAGAAUCAUUAUAGAAUUAGAAUUAUAUAGAUAUAAUACUUCGAGUAUAUAUAGGUAAGCAAAAUGUAUGUUUAUACAUAUACAUAUGUUUACUAACAGUAGUUGACAACUUUAUAUUUUUAAUUUGUGCAUUAUACUUCUAUAUCCAAUCAAAGUGUCAUUAUUUACACUUUUUGAUUCAUUUCUGUAUUGUUGCUAACAUAAUUAUAGUCUUUAUUAAAGAUAGCGUGGUAAAUUAAAUUUUGUUGUACUAAUGUUAUUAACAGUUUAAUUUCAAAUAAUAUAUAUACCUGAGAAUAUUAUCUAUCUAUUAUAGAGUGAUGUAAGGAAAAAAAAAGAAGUUCGUGGAAAAGAUCAUAAUGAUAUACAGAUCAGGCCGUUAAACAGAUCAAGUUUCAUAAUGUCUACAAGGAAUUCCUUGUUCAUAUAACUCACUUGCACCUAUUACCUUUGAUUCGAUUAUAGCAUUGACGUAUUUUCGUUAUAUCUUUUACAUAAUGUCACAUUAAAAUCGAUAAAUUAGAUUAUAGCGGCCCGUUCCGAUAUUUCGAUAGGUACGCUUUGUUGUGAUCCGCUGAAGAUAGAUUGAUUAAGUAUAAACGAAUUCAGGUAAUAAUUCUCAACCACAUUGAAUUAUAUUAAUUUUUUAUUUGAAGAGAUACAUAGUUAUAUAUAUAUAUAUACAUAUAUAUAUAUAUACAUAUAUUUCAUAUGUAAUUAGACGGGUGUAAUCAAUUCUUUUCUAUUUUACAAGUGUAAUAACAAAACGUAGUUUUCUGUUUAACCAUAAUUCAUUAUUACAUAUAACUUACAUAUAACAAAAAAAAAAUAAGCACGCAGUGUUGAAAAUUUUUAUUUUCAAAAAUACAAAAGGUCAGAGUACACAAAAACGAAAGAAUAUAUAAGAAUAAGUCAUAUACAUAUUGCAUAAUAUUAAAUGGCUUCCAACUUCAUGUUCUAUCAAAGUACUUUACUGGAUAUUAUAUGAUUGUCUUUUAAACGGGCCAAUAUUGGUGCUACUUUUAAGAAAGCAGCGACACCAAUGAUAUAUAAUGAAUUGAAAAUAUACGACUAAUUAUUUCGAUAAACAAUACAGCCGCAAAUUAAUAUUCGAAUAUAUAAUUGAAUUGAUUUUUUUUUUAUAGGAUUAGUAUUUUAUGCUAGUCUACCAUUCAUGAUAUACAAUUUUGUAAAAAAAAACAAAGAUAGAAAAUAUUGGAGAAAAGCAAGCUAAUUGUGAAAUUGUAUAUAAAUAUUGUUGAAUUUGUAUUUAGAAGUAUAAUAAUUUUUUAUUUAGUAUUGCAUUUGCUGUGUCGAUGUCAUUCUAUUUAUGUUUAAGUAUGCAUGUUUAAAGAACAGCAACGUGUUAUGGAACAUUUGUACUUAGUAAAUGUACCUCGCUACUAUGUUUAAAGAAACUCGAGAACCCGUAGAAUAUUUGCUUUCACAACAUUGUGAUGAUAUUUUACCUUGUACUUUGCCUUCGAAUAUGAUUGUAAAGAUUUCAGCAAGUUUGCCAAAAA